GAUGUCACAACAUUAACCUUUUUGAAGGAUAAAUCUCCUCAAUCUUCCAUCAUGUUUGUCUGUAAUAAAGUAGACAUUGAGGUAACAGGACCAGUUCACGAUGACGACGACGAUGAAGAUGAAGAAGAGGACAACGAGAGUGAUGGGAGCAGCGAAAGUGAUGAAAUUAACGACAAAAAAGACAAAGAGGAAGUUGUUUUCGAUCAGCUGAAAGACAGCAACUUUCUCACAGGUGAAUCUAGCAAAACAUGUGACUUGUUCCACGCCAUUUCUGCAAAAGAUAUUCGUACGGAACGGAAGGAUAAAGUCAGUGGAGGAGAAGCAACAAGGAGAUUCCAGCGAUUCCAAGGUAAACUCCAAACUCUUCUUGCAGACAUCAUGAAAGGACAGACAAAGAGGGUCGUUCAAGCUCUCUUGGUCUUACAAGAAAGCUUUGUGAAUGUUGUCCAGGUGCAAAGAUCCCAAAUCACUCAGCAAGCAUCUAUAAUACCAGAAAUUACGCGUCAGGCAUGUCAGAUAGAAAGUAAAAUGUUCGACUCUUUAAAGUCCUUUACAUCCAGUGAUUCCGAGGGUACAAAGCAGAGGAUACAGGAGCACUUAAAGGAGUUGAAGGAAACAUUUUCCCAGGAUGCAGUAACAUACAAAGUUCCAAACCAGCGUACUAUACGAGAACGAGCUCAGACUAUGAUCAAGACUGAUCUUAAAGUUGCAUUUUCGCCCGAGCAGUUAUCAAGAAUGAACAAGGAGGACUUUAUUUUGGAGCGCUUUCUCGGUGAUAUGAAAGCCAACAUUUUGGAAAAAUUGUGCAAUUCUCUCGUCAGAUUUGUGCAAUCCUUGAUGGAGGAGGUAGUGAGUGAUCUUAUUGAGGAUAUAAUUGGCUUAAACGACAACCUCACACACCCCAUGGUCUCUAAGAUUUUGGAGGAAAGCUAUGGUGGGCAAUUUGUUAAAGCCAAAACUGAAACUCGCGAACUAAUUGAAGAUAUUCUGAACAAUCUUUUGGAUUCCAUAAAGGAGGCUGCCAGAGUUGCAUUGAGGAGAGAGAUUUCGGUACCCCUUAGUUCCAAAGAGGUGAGAACUUAUUCAAAAAGGGAUGUUACUGAUAAAACACGUCGACAGUCAGUCGUGGAAUCUCUUCUCGCAACAAUCGACGACAAGAGGGUUGCAGAGGCAGUUUUUGACGCUUGCUUCGAUUGCUUGCAGAGGAUGCGAAAUCGGUUCCUAUCAAGCAUGGAUUUUCUCCAGCACUUGCAAACGGCCUUUUCCAAUAGCCAAGCUACAGUGCAGCUUGAAGAUCUUCGUCUUCGUUUUACUCCCGAGAUACGCAUGUUGGCCGUAGAAGGGAUGGCUUUAAAAUAUGUGCAGAACUACGGACCAGUAAAAUGCGGCUCACCCAUAGCGCAAACACGCCACGGUCAACUCUUUGAUUGCGCAAGCGUAACUUGGUGCCGGUGCUCCCCCAGAGGUCAGUGCGUGGUGAAAGAAAUCGAGAGGAAGACAGUUGGUGAAAGUGUCUGGAAGCAAAAUGCCGUGGAUCUCGUCAAUAUGAUGGAUAUGAUUCAUAAACUUAACGGUUCACAUCCUAAUCUGUUGCGACUGUACGGCUGGGUUUUCCCUGAGCCGGAUGUGCUACAUGUUGUCAUGGAGAAGGCAGAGAAGAGUCUUCUUUGUGCUCUCAAAGAGCUCGCCUCGGCCUAUGCCCAGUCAUCGCUCACUAAGCUAAUCAGGAGGAUCAACAUGGCCCGAGACGUGGCUGAAGGGCUGAAGGCCAUUCACGCCAUCGGCUACAUUCACGAGGACAUUAAGCCAGGAAAUAUCUUGGUAAUGUCUGAUGGAACAGCUAAGAUAAACCUGGCUAAGCCUGAAAGUCCUUACGACAUGACUACUCUGGGCGCUCCAUUCCACGUCUCACCAGAAAUGUACCAGUACCAUGGCAAGGGUCACCUCAGUUACCUCUCCUACGACAUCUAUGCAUUUGGAAUGCUUUUAUGGGUGCUUCUGGAGGGAAGAGGAACAUCAAGACCGAAAGUAUACAAAGACCUUGAAACUAUCCAAGCCAUGCAAGCAGCAGUGGAAAAUGGAACUCUACCAUGUGAGGAUGAUAAAGAAUUCCAGAUUCCGUUAGUGAGUGAUGCAUGUUGGAGCUUAAUGACAAAGUGCUGGAAGGACAGAGCAUCCAUGAAAAUGGAUUCUAUUAUUACUGAUUUAAAAGCCAUAUGGGAAAUAGCAACUAGUUUCCAUUAACUCCAAGGUCAUGUUGCUUCAUUUUUUCUUUAGCACCUGGGCCCUAUUUGGGCCAUGACGUAAGUCCGCUAAAAGAUUAGGUUAAGAAAGAAUUGUUUCCAUGGAAACCUAGAUAAACCAAUUUUUUCCUCAGUGCCCUUUGCAGUUAUUGUUAGUGCCGUCACGCAGUAAAGAGAGGGCGUUGCGUGACGAGAAUAAACAACACUCGUUGUACGUUAAUCGUAAACAGUUUAGUCUAUCAAGUGCUGUGUUAUUAGUGUGCGCUAUUAAAUAAGUAUAAAUUGGAAAAUGAAUCUUCAAUAUAGCUUUUUUCCGGCUUCAAAUAUAAAAAGAGCCAAGAAAAUGCGAGGAAAAACAAGUAUUAAAUGCUAUUAUCAAACAAUA